AUGGCGCAACAACCCGACAUCUCCUCCAUUCUCGCUGCUCUAGCCGCGCAGCAACCACAGCAGGGAGCCGCGCCGUCAGCGCAACCCACCCCUCAGCCACCCACCGGCUAUCCGUCCGCCAGUUCAUUACCGGCGCCUCCGCCAAGCGCACCCCCUCAGGGCGCUACGUACCUGCCGCAACCGUCAAGUACGGGCAGCGUCGACCUCAGCGCCAUCAAGCCUGUGAACAGCGGUUCAGUAAGUAUAGCAGAUGCGAUUGCCAAGGCGAAGAGUAUUGCGGCGGACAGGGGUGUGUCCUCUUUCGAUCCAAGAUCAGCCACCCCUCGCGAAGACCCACGUCUCGCAGGACGCGAUUUCGGACGCUCGAGGUCGCGUUCUCCGCCGAGGCGUGAUGACUAUGGCUCGAACCCUUACCGCGAUGAACGGCGCGAGGACCCCAGGCGAGGCAACUUCCGAAGAUCGCCUUCACCUCAGCAGACCUUUCGUGGCGCAAGAGACCCACCGAUGGGCUUCCGCGCCAAUGAUGGAGAGACGGAGACCAUACGUGUCAAGUCUGCGCUUGUUGGUCUGAUUAUCGGCCGAAAUGGCGAGAACUUGCGCAAAGUAGAGUCCGAAACGGGAGCACGUGUCCAGUUUAUCCAGGCCAAGGAUUCGCAUGUGCCCGAACGGCAAUGUACAAUCUCCGGCUCUCUACGCGCAAGAGAAGGCGCAAAAGCUGCCAUCUUCAGUAUCAUUGAGGAGAACGGCGGUCAGAAUGUCGCGCAGGAGAAAGGCGCUUAUACGCCAGGUAUGCCUGGUCGCGCAAAAGUCAACCUUCCGGCAUUGCGUGAAGGUGAGAACAGCACGCAGGUCAUGGUUCCGGAUAAGACUGUAGGAUUGAUAAUCGGACGUGGAGGCGAGACCAUCAAAGACCUACAGGAGCGCUCUGGGUGCCACGUCAACAUUGUCGGCGAAAACAAGAGCGUCAACGGCCUACGACCGGUUAACCUUAUUGGCAGCGAGUCAGCUACCGCCAUGGCGAAGGAGCUUAUUCUGGAGAUUGUCGAAAGCGACAACCGCGCAGCGUCGGGCAGCGCACCACCGAGCAACCGCGACCGCGGUUUCGGCAACAAUGACCGCAACGGCGGUGGUGGAGGAGGUGGCGGUGGCCGCGACUACAUCGAAAAGACCAUCCAUGUGCCAUCCGAAGCUGUUGGCAUGAUUAUUGGCAAGGGCGGUGAAACGAUCAAGGAUAUGCAACGUACCACCGGCUGCAAGAUCAACGUUAACCAACCUGUCCGCCCGGACGUGACACGCAAAAUCGACCUAGCCGGCACCUCACGCUCGAUGGCCGAAGCCGAGCGCAUCAUCUGGGAGAAAGUGGAGACUGUCAGGGAGCGUGAUGCCGCAGCCGGUCGUUCACAUCGUGACCAGUCCGGAGGAGGACAGUCUUCUGGAGGAGGAGGAGGGUAUAACGGGUACUCACAACCACAGCAGCAGCAGCAACAGCCGCCCAUGUCUGGAUACGGAUCGUACAUGCCGCCUGCCCAGCCGUCGGCUCCGCCGCAGAUGCCGGCGUUCCAGAUGCCGAUGGCUACGCAGUCGACGCCACAGCCUGGAAGUGACGGUGCGAACGCCAGUGAUCCGUACGCCGCGUAUGGCGGCCAACAGGCAUUCUAUGCCAUGUGGUAUCAGCAGCAGAUGGCCAACCUGCAGCAGAACGGCCAGCAAUCUGGCGCGCCUGGUACGCAGUAG